ACGAACAACUAUACGAAAAAUCUCCCCGAAAAUAAUUCAAACCCACAUUUUCAAAGCGGCUCAAAUCCAUCGGAAAAUCGAUUUUCAAAAACAAUUGAAAUUCUCACGACGAAAAAUGACAUCCAUGUGAAAGCCUCGCGCGCCAAAAACCUCUGAACUCCCCAGGAAAGCCCCAAUAAAAAAUAAUUUGAAUUCCAAACUAAAACCUAACAGACUGUCAACGUUCCAAGUGAAAUGUCAGUGAAAAUCUACCAUUUGCUCUUAACCGGGGCCCUGUGUGUGUCAAUAAGUGCAUCAACAACGCAAACAAUAAUUCUAAAAUGUUGUAAAUUCGGUGAGAAGUUGGAGAAGCCAAGUGAUGGUGAUAACCUAGAGAAGUUGAAAUGUGUUCCAAACUCCAAGGCCUGGGAGCCAGUUAUUUAUUCACCAUCGAAGAAAAGUAUAAUUCUCCAGCCGCCAUUGCACUGGAAAAUUUUGGAGGGAAAAAGGCCGAAUUGUGGGGACGACAAAGUGCUGAGUUUUGUUCCCUACAGUUCCUUCACACCUUUUAUUAUUCUCGAGGCUGGUGAUGCCAUCCUCGAGGGUGGAAGUGGCUCUACAUAUGGAUCUAGUGAUUAUUGUGCUGAUCCUAAGGCAUUGCUUGUUUGCAUGCCGAGAAAAAUUGAGACAAAUAGGGCUGCCGCCACCAUGAGACCAAGAGUUCGGAGAUGCUGUGGUGAAAAUGCUGUUUUCAGUGAAUCAAGAGAUGGAUGUCAGUACAUGAAGGAGCCUGAGAAUUUAUCACCACUGCUGCCCAAUGCGUCAGCUAUUGAAAUGCUACCUGGUUUUCCGAUUUGUAAAAAUUCGGAGAAUUUUACAAUAAUUGCCGAGGCCAAAGAUGCUAUUUUGCAGCCAGACGGUGGUAUCUAUGUUGAUGGUAUUAAUUUACCAUCGCUGCAGUAUUGCGUCGAGCGAAUAAAAGAAGCUGAUGGAAGAGCUAAAGUAUUUGCAUGCGCUGAGCAUGGAUCCAGAAGCAAUAAUGGCCCACUUUUUCUUCCUGGCUGCAUUCUUCUGGCUGAACACAAUGUGCUUCAACAUCUGGUGGACAUUUCGUGAUUUGAGACCGGCAAGUUUGGAAAAGGGCCAGGAGACAUUACGUCUCAGAGUAUAUGCGUGUUAUGCUUGGGGUGGUCCACUAUUGGUAGCUGGAAUCGCUGCUCUACUAGAUCAUCUACCAGCUCAGGACAACUACACAUUUUUACGUCCGAGAUUUGGCGAGAAGCAGUGCUGGUUUUAUGGUGAUACUGAGAUACUCGCGUACUUUCAUGGACCAAUCGGCGUCUUACUCGCGAUAAAUGUCAUGUUUUUCAUAGCAACGGCUCGUGAAUUAACUUGCGGAUUGUGGAAAGGGGAAUUUGUUAAGAGUACGACUGAAAGGGCUGCGUUGGGACGCGUGUGCCUGAAGCUGGUGUUCGUGAUGGGUGUGACAUGGAUAGCUGAUGUCAUAUCAUGGGCUGUCGGUGGUCCAGAUUACAUGUGGUAUUUUACCGAUCUUAUUAACGCACUUCAAGGGCUCUUUAUAUUUAUUGUGGUUGGAUGGCAGCCGCAAGUACGUGCCGGCCUUAAAAGGCUAUUCAAUAGAAAUCCACGUACUAAUGCCGGAAGACAGGGUAACGGACUCAGUACCACAAGUCACGGAAUGCCAAGCAUGGGAGACAGCGUGACGCAAAAUCCAAGUACCAAGACUGCACCGUUGGAGACCAUCUGUUAAGUCCCAUCACAAAAUAAUGUUUUUUUCUUUAAACAAGCGCUUUAAAAAGUUCCUCGAUUUCUUAUCGAAAAUACGCCGAGGACAGUUAUCCAAAGAACAUCCGUAUGACAAUAAUUUGUUUGACUGACUCAAAUCUGAAUCAAAUUUGAAAUAGUUUUUUUUUUCUUUCUGUCCCGUGUGUUCCGUCUAUCAAACGUAAUCACUCGUGAACCCGAAGAUUACGUUAAUUCAAUAUAGAUUGCUCAGGCGGGACGCAAUGCCUUUUUUUAUAAUUACGGAUACGAAUAAAAAGUCGCUGAUAACGUAUACGAUAAAGGGAAAAUUGAAGGGAGAAAAAUUUUUGAUAAUUUUUUUAUGCUUUUUAUAUGCGAUUUUUUAAUGGGGAGAUAUUGAAAUUGAAAAUUUGAGUGUCAAAAUGAGGGCAUGAGGAUGAUUCGUGACAAUACAAGGAGAUAAAUGAAAGAUGUGAAAUUGAGGGGAAAAAUUAAAAAUGCCUUCAGGAAAUGCCUUUGCGGUUUCGGGUGUUUUCACCCUCUGGUGAAUUUCAUUGUGAAUUUAAAAAGUCAGAGGAGUUUCACAGCGAGAAGAGAAAUAAUUGGAAAUUUCUUGUAAGACAAUAUGAAUUAAUUCUCAAUUUUUAUACCCGUAGAAUUUAACUAUUUUGUAAUGUAAUUCUUGACAAAGUGGAAUCAAAGGGAAGACUGAAUUUCGCUGAGGAGCAAUUGAUGCUUCAGUUGAUUUAAUUAUUGCAUUCAUUAAAAUAUCGGAAACUAGGAUUUUUCGAAGACUCUGACAUCUCCAACCGUUCAUUAAUAAAAAAAAAUAAUUUCUCAGUGAUUCCACUUGAUUACUGAAUUCAAAUUGAGACUGCAUUUUUGUCAAUUUAUCAUUACAUCGUUUUACAAUUGCUGGAUAUUAUCCCCUUCACCAGAACAACGAUAAUUUUACAUUCUAGGAUAUUAUUGAAAACUACUGCAUCCUCAUUUCCUCCGUUCGAGUCGAAUAAAUUGUGAUAAAAUUACUUGAACAACUUGAUUGAAUCGAUAAUACUUUCCUUCGACUGAGAAAUAAUCAAUUCUGUACAUUAUCGAAGCUUAUGUUCAUCAUGUAAAUAAACUUCUCAUUUUAAUUGUUAAUUAUUCAAUAAAUUACGGGCUAGUUGCAUCAGUCUAUCAGCAAUUGAAACCCGAGGGUGAAAUUGAUUUCCGAAUAAUUGUGGGCUCUCAAUUACCAAUCUGAAACUGGUGCAGCCCGCAUUAAUUGAAUAAUCAUCGAUAAAACAAGUAUUAUUAAUUAAUUAUUUAAUUUUCAGGAUAAUAUUAAACGUUGUUUUAAUAAGUAUUUAUUCUGAUGUAGUCAGUUUCGUUUUUUUUUACGUAUUUAAUUUAGGUAGCUUGCCAGUACGACCAAUAGAAUGAACAAAUUUGCACUUUCUCAUUGCAACGGAUUACCAAUAAGAGAAAAAUGUUUACUAAAUUUUUCCGUGAAGGGACGGAGGCAGAAAAGCAAAUAUUCAGGAGGCUAUAUAUACGUAUGAAAGAAAAUAGGUACCUAUACUCAAAGCAGAGAUAAAAAUGUAAUGAAUAGUAAAUUUAGAAUUUGAAGCUGGGAUGCAUCAGUCUCUAUUAAUUAUUCCGACUGUGAAUUUAUUACUGGGAGAAUAAUAUUUGGAAUAUAAUUUUUUAAAUUUAAUUUCGAAAGGUGCCCUUUCGCUACUUCAGAGUUUCUGCCGAUUGGAAGAAUCAAAAUAAAUGGAGAAAAUAAAUAGAGACUCAUGCGAUCGGCUUUAAAAUUAAAGAGAUCGAAAUACAUAAUAAAAAUCCAUGAGGAUAAAGUUGAAACUGUAAUGAUAGUAUUAACACGAGUAGGAUCCGGCCAGAAUCUUUUACGUUCUAUUACUGGAAAGGAGUAUGUUAAAAAUGUUAUAUACGCCAUUCCUCGAUUAUGUAUUGUAACAGUAUUUCUAUUGCA